AACUACACCCCGCUGGAAUAAAAUGAUCAUUGUGCUUAUCGAAAGUGAAGAAAUCCGCGACAGAUAAGCCUUUAAUUCCCUCUAAUAAAUUUCCGGACGGUGAUAAGAAAAGCUUUGUUUUGAAACUUGACGCCCCAAGUGCCGUUUUCAAUUUUGAGGUUAAACUCGAGUGAAUGAAAGUGAAUUUUCGAUCCCUGAUCUCCAAGUGUCAUCUAAAUGCCAUAAAUGGCACAUGGGUGUGAAGAGGUGUCGUGUUUGCGAAAAGGGCUUUUAUCGCGAUCGAUAAACGUCCCCCGAAAAAUGGGUGUGAACCUCCGAGUGCUCUAGCUGACAAGAACAAGGGGUGCUGGCAAAACCUAACCUAUAAUCCGAUUACAUUCCUUUUUUGCUUCCGUCCUUUCGCUUUCUUCUCGCAUUUAUAAUUAGCGAUUUUCGCUUUCUCCUUGAACUCCGUUUCACAAUAUUUCUCAAAACGGAGGGUCGAAAAUACUUCCGGUUCCGCAGAAAGAUGAGUUUGAGCAUCAGCAAGCUUUUUUCGAAAAAGAAACAUUACAGCGGGGCAAAUCUCGAGCCCUUGAACACCGUCUCCGAAAUCGGACUUCCGACUGAUGUGUCUCACCAGUUUCACGUCAGCAAGAAUGCGGUCACAGGUCAGCUCGAAGGUCUUCCCGAUCCCUGGAUUCGAUUAUUGAAUGCGCAGAUUUCAAAAUCCGAGCAAAAUGAGCACCCAGCUGCAGCCUUGCAGGCCAUCAAAUAUUAUAAUUAUUCCAUCAAAAGAAAACCGCAAGAAGAGGUUUUCAAGCCUUUUGUUACGGAGGAUCUUAUUGCCGAAGAAUCGCAGGAAAUCGAUAAAAUUUUGGCUAAAAAAUACCAGUCGGGUGGUUCCGAUGGAUCCGCUUCUGCUAGUUCAACCGACAGUCAGAUCCAAAGGAUACCCGAACUCCCGCCGAAAAUGGGCAGACCACCGAAACCAGCUCCCAGAAAGCACCUAACCCGAGCCGAAAAAACCCUGACCGAGAUCCUCGAGGACCUGGACAACUGUAAAAUCGAGGAAAGUCCCGAGUACGACGAGCGUCAUUACCUCCCCGCCGAAAAUUCCAUUCCCAACAACGAGGAGAGUCCCGUUCUGCGACGGAAAACCGAGUCUCUCGACUCGACUGGACUCAGCGACCUGGAGGUCUUUGACGAGCUGCGAAAAAUCUGCCACUGCGACGAUCCAAAUCGACGUUUCGAGAAGAGCAAGGAAGUGGGCGCCGGGGCGUCCGGGACCGUUUUCAUAGCCACCGAUCGCAGCAAUCAGCAACGAGUCGCCAUAAAGAUCAUCGAUCUCUCGAAGCAGCUCAAGAAGGAGCUCAUCCUCACCGAGAUCCAGGUCCUGAAAGAAUGCCGGCAUCCAAAUCUCGUGAAUUUUCUGGACGCCUAUCUGCUCAACGAGCAUCUCUGGGUGGUGCUGGAACUGCUGGAAGGCGGCCCACUGACCGACGUCGUCACGGAAACGGUGAUGAAGGAGGCGCAAAUAGCGGCCGUCUGUCGGGAAGUCCUCAAGGCGAUCAGCUUCCUCCACUCGAAGGGCAUCAUUCAUCGGGACGUCAAGUCGGACAAUGUUCUGCUUGGCAUGCAGGGCGAGGUCAAGGUCACGGAUUUUGGAUUCUGCGCGAAUAUCGUCGGCGACGAGAAACGUCAGACGAUGGUUGGCACGCCCUACUGGAUGGCGCCGGAAGUAGUCACUCGGAAGCAGUAUGGGAAGAAGGUGGACAUCUGGUCGCUGGGGAUCAUGGCAAUUGAGAUGAUUGAGGGCGAGCCGCCAUAUAUGAAGGAGACGCCGCUCCGGGCGCUCUAUUUGAUCGCCUCGGCCAAUGGCAAGCCUGCAAUUCCAAGGUGGCACACUCUCAGUCGAAACUUUCAGAAUUUUCUUGAACGCUGUCUGUCGAUUGAGGUCGAUGAGCGAGCCUCGGCGGACGAAUUGUUGGCACAUCCGUUUCUUGAUAACUGUGCAGAACUGACUAGUCUUAAUCCCCUGAUCAGGGCGGCGCAGAAAAUUUUGCAGAAGGCUUUUUAAACCUGGAGCUUUUUCUGUGGUUAGAAGAAUUUCUUCUUUUUUUUUUUUUUGACAAGUGUGAGAGAAGGGGGGUAAUUUCAUUCCCUUAGGUUUUAAUUUUCUGAUGAGGUGAGUGCCAGUUUGUGGGGGGUUUUCUUUUUGUGAUGGAUAAUUUUUGGGAUUGAUAAAUUUUUUGAUAAUUCGUGAUUUCUUUCUUUUUUUUUUAUGAUUGAUUG